AUGGACCUCACUCCCACCCUUCCCAUCCCGAUCUCCUACGUAUCCGGUAGAUACCUACUAUUCUCCAUUGACGCCGUGACCUACCUUCGACGCGAGCACAACAUCUGCGGCGUGCUGAUCGGGACACUGCCGCAGAUCCCCCAGCAGAAUGUGUUCUUGGGACUCCCGCUGGAGCUGACCCCGGAAGAGGCGCGACUGUUGGUGGACAAGGGUGUAGCUUGCAUCGUAGAUGAGGCCAAGGCGCAGCUCGGCAUGAAGUCUCUCUUAGAGGAGGACUGCAGACGCUAUCUGCACGAUCUCGAGGCCCAGGGCCUGGGUGUGAUGCGCGUGCAGUCCGACCGCAAGGAGCAGCAGCGCGAACAGACCCUGAAGAAAAUAGAAGCGAAAAAGGCUAAGGCGAAGGCCUCCAAGGCUUCUGCUGCUGCUGCUCCCGCCGAUGCUGCUACGACCACCUCCACGUCCACAACCGCUUCGCACAAGGAUACGCCCUCGGCGGUAGUGGAUCUCUUUGCUGCAGACGAAAGAAACACACUCUCUCCCAACUCCCGGACGUCCUCGAGUAGGACCACUGCGUCGCAGCCAACAAUGGGCAUCACACCUGCCACAUCCUACCCGCCCCUCUCCCACCCGGUUUCUUCUUCAUCCUCGGCACCGCUGCUCCCGGCGCCCACGGUGCCAGAGUCAUAUGCGCUCUUUGCUCACCUGCAUUCGCGCGGCUACUUCCUCUCGCCCGGACUGCGCUUCGGGUGCCAGUACGUCGCCUACCCGGGUGAUCCGCUGCGCUUCCACUCGCAUUUCCUGGUGGUGUCGGCCGAAUGGGACCAGGAGAUUGACCUGAUGGAUGUGAUUAUUGGAGGCAGAUUGGGCACCGGUGUGAAGAAGGGAUUCUUGUUGGGCGGUUCGGAAAAAUCCAUCGACGAGGUUGAGACUGAGGCGGAGCGGGUGGAUAGCGUCCGGACGUUCAGUAUUGAAUGGGCUGGGAUGUGA